AAGAUGAGGCUGGUAUUCCAGUCAAUGAAUCCUUGUAUCGUGGCAUGAUCGGAUCUUUGUUGUAUCUUACAGCUAGUCGUCCUGACAUUCAAUUUGCUGUCUGUCUGUGUGCUCGAUUUCAGUGUCAACCUAAACAGAGUCAUUUAUCAGCUGUAAAACGCAUUUUUCGGUAUUUAAAGGGAACAAUAGAUGUAGGACUUUGGUAUGCUAAACAGGAUAAUUUCGAUCUGGUUGGAUACACCGAUGCUGAUUUUGCUGGUAGUCUGAUCGAUAGAAAGAGUACCUCUGGCAGUUGCCAGUUUGUAGGUACCUCACUAGUAUCAUGGUCUUGUAAGAAACAGGCUGAUGUAGCCUUAUCCACUGCCGAGGCUGAAUACCUCGCUGCAGGUAGCUCCUGUGCUCAACUUCUUUGGCUUAAAACUCAACUUGCUGACUAUGGUAUGUCUAUUUCUUCCAUUCCUCUUUAUUGUGAUAAAACUAGUGCUAUAUGCAUGUCUAAGAACCCUGUUCAGCAUUCACGCACUAAACAUAUCGAUAUCAAGUAUCAUUUCAUUAGGGAGUUGGUUCAAGCAAAUACUAUUAUGCUUACCUAUAUUUCCUCUGAGUUUCAACUUGCUGACUUGUUCACCAAGCCACUGUCUGCUGAUCGUUUUCACUUUCUUAGUUAUGAGAUCGGUUUGAGAUCCUACUCCUCUCUGUCAGAGGUGAUUGGAGAUCUCGCCACUUAAUUUCUUCUUUCCUUUUUAUGUUUAUGUAUUUUUUCUUAGCUUUUUGUGUUUUUGUUUCUCCUUUUUGGUUGGCCUUUAUUGUUGAUUUCUCCUUUUUAGUAUCGUUUUCUUUGGUAAGUCUUUGCCCUAGGGUUUGUCGAUUGAGUAUUUAUAUGUGUGUCUUGUGUGUCCUUUCAGUUAUCCUUGAGUUUCCUGUCUCUCUGAGUGACUGUAGUCAUGGUUUUGCCCUUCCUUCGCACGUUCACUGGAACCAUGUUCUUAGAUCCUAUCCCUGCUAAUGCUCAUCGUCAUUAUCUGUUCUUUGCCAAUCGAGAGGUUCUCCCCUCAUAUCAUGUUCAGCUUCAUGAUCUGAUUGAAGUUGGCCUUGAUGUGCGUCCCUUCAUUCAAAAUCUUGGGUGGAACUUUUUGUUGAAUCACCCUUUUUCGACUGUUAUUUGUCCUGAUGCUGUGCGUUUCUUCUAUUCAAACCUUCGGUUUACACAGCUCAGUUCUCGUUUUUUCACCUCUCUGGUUUUUGGUAAUCUUCUCACAGUUCCUGUGGCUGAAAUAGAGCGUUUCCUUCAUGUCCCAGCCAUUGGUGAGAAUCUUGCUGAUGCCUCUGAGCUGGAGUUGUUUAAUUUUGAUAUUUCAGGCGAGUUCCGACAGCUUACAGGCCAGUUUCCUGGUCCAAAUCUUACUAUGCCUGUUUCAACUCUUCUGCCUUCGCUUCGAGCCCUUCACUUUUAUAUCUCUAGUGUUUCUGCCCCGUUCUGGUGAUUUAACUUUGAUUACUCCAGUCGAGCUUUGGGUUCUGGUUCAUGCUGCUCAUGGGGUUCCUCUUAGUUAUGCUGAUCGGUUUUUUUGGGUAUGCUCUUUCAUACUGUGAUGUGUCUGUCACUUCUCCCCUUCCGUUUGGUCCUCUCAUCACCACCCUUCUGUUGCGUAUCCGCAUCAAUCUUCAUCCCUUUUGCACUAUCACUCCCUCUAUAUUCCUUACCGCCGAUGAUGUCAUGGAUCUUCUGGAAAUAGCAGUUGAGGGGGAGAAUGGUGAUGACAAUAACACAAUCGUCACUGGUAGCAUUCUGCUUAUCAGUAGUGAUUCUGAUUCGGAUGACUCUGCAGCACCAAGUGAUGAUGAUGAUGCCCCGGAAUUAGCUUCGUUUGCAAUUGCUCUUCAAACUCUCUACGGAUCUGAUUCCAGUAAUGAAGCACUGUCCCAGGGGGAGCAGUAGUUUUUCAGCAAAGCAGCGCUUAUCUUUUCGGUUCUGUUGCUAGUUUCAGUCGGAUAGCUUUCAUGUUCAAGGAUUUUUUAUUGGUUUUCCUGACCAGGGUGUGGUCUUUGAUUUGUCUCUUGAUGGGUGGAUGUUUUCUUGAGUUUAUCUAGGACGUUUUUUGUUGAAUAUGUGUUUGCUUGUUGCAUAUGUGUUUUGGGAGAAAUCUGCGUGUUCUGUUUUUGCAGGUUCUAUCAACAACUUGCUAUUUCCAACUUAGGGGGAGAUUGUUGAAAGAAGGAAAGUUGGAAAUUCUGCAAAUCCAGGAUAUACCGGCGGAAGUCAAGCAAAUCAAAGGCGCUCUGAAGGAAACUUACCUGUUCUGGGCAAAUUCAGAAGCAACGGUCAUCACCUUGCUUGCUAUUUAAACUCCUUGGCAGAAUCGAACAAUGUACUGAGAAAGAAGCGGUACAGGGCUAUCAUCUUAGUGGGUUGAUCAGAACAGAGGCAUAGGGUCUGUUUGAUUGACGGUGUAACGGGUCUGGGAUUGGGGAUCCGGGUUUUGUUGUUCAGAGUCCCUUUCUUAAUUGUUGUCGAGUCUUACUGUUAUUUAUCUUUUGCUUGAUAGGAAAUCUUAAUAAAAACAGAGUCUCCUAGACCUCAGUGCAGUACUGAGUCUAGGACGAGGACGUACUCAGUAGUUUGGGGAACCUCGUUAAAAAUUGGCUUGUCUCUGCUCCUCUUCAUUCCCUUAUCGUCUUCCUCGUGCUCCUCUGUUUUUCUAUCUUAUUCAGCUCUGUUGUUUCAGAGCUAAGGAAGAAGACGACCCUGUCUUCAAUCCAGAGGCUGAACUCGAGUGGGCUUUUUCUUAAGCCUGUGUCAGUUGUCUUUUGUUUGUGGGCUUAAGCAUUUUCGGGCCCAAUUUAAGAGUUCAGAAGAGCUAAAAGCAGAGAAUGAACUUUUCGCUUUACUCUUUCAUUUCCCCCAAAUUCCUUCAAGAACCCUAAUCGAAAGAGCAGUGUGUUUUUCUCAAUAGUUAGUCUGUGAUUUGAUAUAGAUUCAACCGUAAAUAAUUUAAAUUAUAGUGAGUGCGUGAUUGAUGCGAGUGGAUCGUGGAGAAAAAAUCUCAUAUUUAUACGUAUUUGGGUGGGCGAUGAGUGGGUGUCCCGCACCCCACUUUUACACGACAAAGAAUUUUUUUCUUGUUUAUAGUAUCCAAGAGCGUAAAUUUUUUCUACACAAUUGAUUGAUGGAGUAUAAGAUAUUAAGAUUUGAUAGCUCUAUCGAAGAAGUGAAAUCCAUAUAAGUAAAGAUCAUUGGUCCCAGGAAUAUGUGGAUGUGGUUAGUGACUUCGUUUUCUCUCUUUUCAUGCCUAGAUUACAUGAUUAUUUUUUUUAUUAAAUGAGGUAGAAAUCCGUUCUUCCUCGGGUAAUGCUCGAGUUUCUUCCCCCGUGUCGCCAAUUGAUCUCCGGUUUACUUGAAACUGCGCCUAUACUUCACUUUCCAUGCUAGGACCUAAAAUGUGACAAAGGAACACAACCUAGUGUAAAAUAAGCCAAAUUAUGACAAACACCAAGCUAAACAAUCAAGAAAUGAGGGGUUAAAACUUAAAACAUGUGCAAAUUCAGUGUCAUCAAAUUCCCCCUACACUUAACCGUUUGCUUGUCCCCAAGCAAAUCUGACUCAAACCAGUGCAGCUCUACAGAUCAACGAAGUCUUCAUUUAAAGGGACAAAUGAAAAGUUGGUAUGAGUGCUACAAAUUUUUUACAUGUUCUCUAAAAAAAAUUACAUGUCACAAGUAGAUAGAUCCAUAUGAGACAAAGUGUGAAGUGUUUAAAUCAUUAGCAUCUUCCUAAUUUUACGGGUUAAUUAUCUUUCACCCAACCAAAUUCACUCACUACUCACCCAACUCAAUCUGAAGAAGAAUGUAGAUGAAUAUUGGAUAACCGGGUCAAAAUUAUAGCAACUCGUUAAUAAAUGAGUGGGUCAGUUUGAGGCCAAAAUCCAUUCAACUCACCUAUUAUUUACCCGUACUAUUAGCUCCGAUUUUGAACUCGACCAUCAACAUGAUCGUUUGCUUGCUAUGUUUUCAAAUUUCAAUAAGCCAUUUGAUAUUAAAUAGCUCGUUUGUCAAUAACCAAUAAUAUGAGUAAUUUGCUCCUAACCUAUAACAUCCAAAUUACUCUAAAUGUGUGUUCUCCCCAUUGUCAUUUGCAGAUUGACUAAUUUUUUUGUAGUACUUUUCAGUCAUGACUUUGGGUUUUUUUUCAUAAGCCCAAUACUAACAUUCUUUAUUUUGUCUUCACUCUUCACAAAACCAAUAUUUUCUAAUUAUUAUCCAAUAAUAAUUUUCAAUUAAUUUUCAUAAAAAUAGUCAUUGCUAUUUUGGAGAUCGAUGUCAAAUAUAGACUCUUUUUUGUUGCAAUAUGGUUUAGUUUGGAACCGUAAUAGUUUGUUAAGAAAUUUAGCACAAAAUUAUUAUUCAAAAUUAGAAAGUAGUACUAUUGAUGGCCGGUACCCAAAUUGUAUAUCAUGUUGGUUGCAUAUUUUAUUGGUAUCUAAAUCAAUAGACAAAUCGUUAUUGUUGUGACAUUUCUCGUUCUCUAUCGAACUUUAUCCGCGAGGAUUAUCUAUGAUAAAAGAAAAGAAAGGGUAAUUGAGGAGAAGCAUGUAGCAAUUAGCAUUACUUCUUUACUUGUGUGGUGUGGUGAUGUCGAAGUGACAUCAUUGUUUGAAAAUGUCGGGCUGGACGAGCACAAAAUUAAGCCCAGCAAGUAGCUGCCUUGUGUCCUUAUCUGAUCGGGACGCGCAGUGUAAUUACUAUUAAUAUUUUGUUGCUAAUCAUCAUAAUUAUUUUAAAUAAUAGUGGUUAGCAUUGAUUACUUUCGUUUCAUUUUUUUUUUGUGUGUAAAUAUAGUAAUAAUUAAUUCUAACAGUGUGUCAGUGUUUACGUGGGAUGGGAUUAGGUGCUAACCCUUAUAGGGGUUAGCACCGCGAUAACUAGCAAAAAACGCUACUAAAAAUAACGAAAUCACUACGGAUUAUUAUAAAAUCAAUACAACAUCUAAGCUAAAUCACUACUAAUUCAAACUAGUAGUAGUUUUUCCCUUGGUUAGGACGGUGCUAACUAUUGUACAAUUAGCACCGUAGCCGUUCCCGUGUUUACGUAUGGGGAUAAAGAUCCGUGCUUAAGACAGCUGAACACGUAUAAGUAAAUUAUUAAUUAGUAAUUAUAAUUUCAGAUGAUUCAGUUAACUGCACAAUCGCUUCCAAGGUUGCCAAUCCGUGGUUCAUCUGUCGGUUGACUCAUUUUGAUCCUGUCGCACACAUCUGUGGCCUGUGGGGUCGAUUCGCUGCAACGUUGUCGGGUUGGAGGUUACACAAUGCUGUUUUUCCAUUUGAUUUGUGAAAUUUUCAUAUUUUUCGAUUUUUCUCUUCAACAAACCCUAUCUUUGGAAUUCUAAAUUGAAAUUUUGAAUAUUGAUGUUAUACAAGUGUGUAAAUUUUCACUAUAUAUUGGAUUCAAGUACGACAUGUUAUUUUUGUGUAGUUUAUAUAUUACUCAUUUGAUAAAUGUGAUUUGAUUUAAUUUAUAAAUGUAUGAACAAUAUAAUGAAAUUUUCAAAUAUUUAGACUAGAGUGGAUUAAAACGGACGAACCAUUAACUCUUAACGCACUUGCUCUAGACCAAGCCCUUCUUCCCAUUUGGAAAAUCAUCAAUUAUUAUUAUUAUUAUUAUUAUUAUUAUUAUUAUAUUAAUUUGCAAGUCCAAAUUACUGUUGCAUACGACAAAGUAGCAACAAACCCUAUUUUAUCGGAAAUACUAAUCCGGGUUACUGUUCACUAUGGAAGGAAUUAUAUUAUACACUCUGCUUCAUACUUCACCCGAGUCUCCGAGCUCCAGCCUCCAGUUCUUCCUAUUUCGUAUCCAUCACCAUACCCGGAAAUUCCAAUCUACCGCGUAUGCGGUUACCCAAGUGGGUGUGUGGCCGCCAAUUAUUUUUUCUCCCGCUAGGCAUUGUUAUUUUGCUAGAUUUCCAUGGGAGGGGAGUUGGAAGAAAACAUUAGAGAAUAUAGCUAGGCUCCCAUCAAGAAUAAGGUUUGAUAGUAUUUUUCAAUGGUAGCUUAGUCAAAUGUAAGAACAUUCUAUAAUUUGAUUAUUAUUAGAUCACACACGAUAAAUUAUUUACAUAAUAUCAUUUUGUAAUAAGAAACAAAUUAUGUAAUU